UGUACCGCAAUUCAUUUCCAGAGUAACUUUCUUGCCGCUCGGGUUGUUUUUGUGCGUCGUCCGUCGCCCAGUUGCUCAGUUGCUCAGUUGCUCAUUCGCCCCGUUCGCCGCUCGUUCGAUCGCUCUCGCCACUCGCCGCGUUCGCCGAUAAGCAAGCCAGCAAGCACCAGCGCAAGCCAAUAACAACAAUCAGUUCGCCGUCGCCAAAUCGAAUUAAAUUGUAUCAAAUUGAAUCAAACAAAUCAAAUUGAAUCAAUCAAAUCGAACCAAACCAAACCAAAUCAAACACAAAUAAACAAGUAACUUAAAGAAGAAGCUAUAGCUAAAGCUAACACAGCUAUUGAGAAACAAAGAGCCAGAGGAGAAUACUAAGUAAUACACAGAGAGAUAUGUCCCCUUGGAUAUAUUCCAGUGCCAAGUGACGAGUAUCUGUUUUUUUACCGUGCUGCCAGUGCUAAACCAUAAACCAUAAACAUCGCCCAAAACAUACCAAAAACAUACAUCUCUGGAAUAUACAAUAUAUACAUAUAUGUAUAUAUAUCUGCAUGUGUAAAAUAUACACAUGCCAUAACCAUAUAGCUGCUGGAAUCGACAACAAAUCGCCAUUGGAAUACAGCACCGCUUUUGCUUCUAGUUUUGUUUGUGUUUUUUUUUCGAUCCAACUCAAAAGUACCAAGAGCGCACUAACCAGCGAUCAUCAUUCACACGCGACCAACGUUUGGAAUACGUGAGUGAUCUGGUGGAUAGAUCCAGCCAGCUCCAGGUUCAGCUCCAGCUUCAGCUACAGUUACAGAUACAGUUACGGAUACGGAUACGGAUUAUAGAAGCCUGAGGCCAGUGGAGACACACAGCUUCAACGUGGCGCUGCACUCGACCGAGGCCUUGAUGGCGGCGGGCUUCCUCAAGUCGGGCGACCUGGGCCCCCAUCCGCACAGUUACGGGGGUCCACAUCCGCAUCACUCGGUGCCCCACGGACCCCUGCCGCCGGGCAUGCCGAUGCCCUCGCUGGGUCCCUUCGGCCUCCCACACGGACUGGAGGCCGUCGGGUUCUCCCAAGGUAUGUGGGGCGUCAACACACGAAAACAGCGUCGCGAACGCACCACAUUCACACGCGCCCAAUUGGACGUAUUGGAAGCCCUGUUUGGCAAGACCCGUUACCCGGACAUAUUCAUGCGCGAGGAGGUGGCGCUCAAGAUCAAUCUGCCCGAAUCCAGAGUACAGGUGUGGUUCAAGAAUCGCCGCGCCAAGUGCCGCCAGCAGUUGCAGCAGCAGCAGCAGUCGAACAGCUUGAGCAGCUCCAAGAACGCCAGCGGCGGCAGCGGCGCCAGCUGCAGCAGCUCCAGCGGCAACAGUCGCAGCAAUGGCAACAACAACGGCGGCAGCAGCAGCAACAACAACUCACAGAGCUCCGGCGGCAACAACAACAGCAACAAGUCCUCCCAAAAACAGGGUAACUCACAGUCCAGCCAGCAGGGCGGCGGUGGCGGCUCCAAUGGCGGCAACAAUAGCAACAACAACUCUGCGGCAGCAGCGGCCAGUGCAGCGGCAGCGGUGGCAGCGGCCCAAUCGAUCAAGACGCACCACAGUUCCUUUUUGAGCGCCGCCGCGGCGGCAGCCUCGGGCGGUACAAAUCAAUCGGCCAACAACAAUAGCAACAACAACAACAACCAAGGCAACUCCACGCCCAACAGCAGCAGCAGCGGCGGCGGCGGCGGCGGCGGAAGCCAAGCGGGCGGACAUCUAUCCGCCGCAGCAGCAGCGGCCGCACUGAACGUGACCGCCGCCCAUCAGAACUCCUCGCCACUGCUGCCCACGCCGGCCACGUCCGUCAGUCCGGUGAGCAUCGUUUGCAAAAAGGAGCACUUGUCCGGCGGCUAUGGUUCCAGUGUCGGAGGCGGCGGUGGUGGCGGUGGCGCCUCCUCCGGCGGCCUCAACUUGGGCGUGGGCGUUGGCGUUGGCGUGGGCGUUGGUGUGGGCGUGUCGCAGGAUCUGCUACGCUCGCCGUACGAUCAGCUGAAGGACGCUGGCGGCGAUAUUGGCGCUGGUGUGCAUCAUCAUCAUAGCAUCUAUGGCACGGCGGCUGGCAGCAAUCCGCGCCUGCUGCAGCCGGGUGGCAACAUCACACCGAUGGACAGCAGCAGCAGCAUCACCACACCAUCGCCGCCGAUCACACCGAUGUCGCCGCAAUCGGCAGCAGCAGCGGCACAUGCCGCCCAAUCGGCACAGUCCGCCCACCAUUCCGCCGCCCAUUCGGCCGCCUAUAUGUCCAAUCACGAUUCAUACAACUUCUGGCACAAUCAGUACCAGCAGUAUCCCAACAACUAUGCCCAGGCGCCCAGCUACUACUCCCAAAUGGAGUACUUUAGCAAUCAGAAUCAGGUCAACUACAACAUGGGCCACUCCGGCUAUACGGCCUCCAACUUUGGUCUCUCGCCAUCGCCAUCCUUCACGGGCACCGUGUCCGCGCAGGCAUUCUCGCAGAACAGCCUGGACUACAUGUCGCCGCAGGAUAAGUACGCGAAUAUGGUGUAGAAUCUACUCUUCCAGUACUGCGGCGGUGGCAGCAACAACAACACCAGCUCAGCGGGGGCAAGUGGUUCGGGUUCGGGUUCGGGUAGUGGUUCUGUUUCUGGUUGUGGCUCCGGAUCGGGCAGCAAUAGUUCGCCACAGCUGGAGC